ACAACAACAAUGGCCGACGAAGCUCUUGCGAAUGCGGGUCUCCACUUUGAUGAGUUGAAUAAAAUAAGAGUACUUGAACCGGAGGUUUCUCAACAAACUACAGAAUUGAAGGAGGAAUGUAAAGAUUUUGUGGAAAAAAUUGGAGACUUUCAAAAGAUAGUUGGUACAUUUAUUGGAGUUGUAGAUAAUGUCGCUAAGGAAGUUGAAAAAGAGAAAAUGAAGGCCAUUGGUGCUAGAAAUUUGUUGAAAUCUAUAGCUAAACAAAGAGAAGCACAUCAACAACAGUUACAUGCUUUAAUAAUAGAAAAGAAAAUGCAAUUAGAAAGAUUACGGAUACAACAUGAUGCAUUAAAUAAAGAAGAAAGUGAACAAAAUGACUUUCUAGAUCAGUUAAUAUUACAGAAAUAGUUAUUUGUUGUUGUUAUAUGGUUGGUCAUCUGAAAUAAUCUGGAUGUGCAUUGUUGAUUGACUAUACCUGUUAUUUAUUAGAAAAAUGUAAGCAGAACCUGAAACAUGUUGUUACAGAGUUACACACUGUGUGAUCUUCAGACUAUACAUGUUAUUUAUUUUGUAUUUUCUUACAAUUAGAUUUAAAUGCAUAUCUAGAUGUUUUGGUUUUGUGUUUUUUCACCAGUUAUUUCGCUCGUCAUCCUCAAAAAUUCUUCCUAAAAGUCAUAUGAAGUCAAAUUUUGAUCGAAUAGUGACAAAACUUGAUCUUGAACCAUGAAUAUCCCAGAAUUCCUCCUAUGUUGGAAAAAAUAUUGGACAAAGCUUUUGAUUUGCUAAAUAUUUAAAUAUCCUAGAACAUGUUUUGGAUGAUUGGAGUCACCCACAGAAAAAAUACAAAAGAAAACCAUUUAGAUGUGUGUUUUAAUCAGAUUAUUUUCUUACCAAUGGUGUACUCAAAAGACCAGUUUUGAAUAAAAAAAAAUAUCAGAUUAUGGAAAAAAAAUGAUAAAAUUUUGUGGCAUAAAACAUAACUCAUGCUACUGAUAGUCUUUAAAUCCGAAUGUAUGAUUAUGACUUUAGAAAGAAUUCUAAAUAGGUAUGAUGUGAUGUUAUCAUUUUCCGUCCCUUUUUUUUACUGUGAUACUCUCAUCAUUCAUUCAUUUAUUUAUCUGUUGUCGUUAAUUCUAUUUAACACAGCUUUGAAAUUUGGCUUAUAUAAAUAUUGCCUGUCAGUGAAGCAUAGUAGGCCUAAAUAGUCAAUUUUGAACACGAUUUUAGGGAUUGCUCACAUGAAGUUGAUCAAAUUCUUAUUAACUAUUUAAUAAAGCACUUUCAUCAGUAAGUACUGUUUUGAUUUUGAAACCUGAUGGAAGUAGAGUUUUUAAACUAAGGGUAUUAAAUAUAAUCAUGAACAGACUAAUCCUAUCCAUUAUUGUUUUUCAUAAAUUUUAAUUUAGUGUUCAUUAUGAAAAUGGUUUGUUGUUAGGUUCAACUCUUUGAUAUGUAAACCAAACAUGUUUCAGGAGUUAUAUAUAUUGAUCAAUAAAAACUGAAAAAAU